AUAAGCGUAGCCAGGAUGCUCCUUAGAGAUAAUCUGCUGGGAAUCUCUUGGGUUGACAGUACCUGGAUCCCCAUUUUGAACAGUGGUAGUGUCCUGGAUUACUUUUCAGAAAGAAGUAACCCUUUUUACGACAGGACAUGUAAUAAUGAGGUGGUCAAAAUGCAGAGACUAACGUUAGAACAUUUAAAUCAGAUGGUUGGAGUGGAAUACAUCCUUUUACAUGCUCAAGAGCCCAUUCUUUUUAUUAUUCGAAAGCAACAGCGACAGUCCCCUACGCAAGUUAUCCCACUAGCUGAUUACUAUAUCAUUGCUGGAGUGAUUUAUCAGGCACCAGACUUGGGAUCGGUUAUAAAUUCCAGAGUGCUUACUGCAGUGCAUGGCAUUCAGUCAGCUUUUGAUGAAGCUAUGUCAUACUGUCGAUAUCAUCCCUCCAAAGGAUAUUGGUGGCAUUUCAAAGAUCAUGAAGAGCAAGAUAAAGUCAAACCCAAAGCCAAAAGGAAAGAAGAACCAAGCUCUAUUUUCCAGAGACAACGUGUGGAUGCCUUACUCUUAGACCUUAGACAAAAAUUUCCACCUCGAUUUGUGCAGCAAAAGUCUGGAGAAAAGCCUGUCCCAGUGGAUCAGACAAAGAAAGAGGCAGAACCUGUACCAGAAGCUGUAAAAUCUGAGGAGAAAGAGACCACAAAGAACGUCCAACAAACAGUGAGCACAAAAGCCCCCUCUGAGAAACGAAUGAGACUCCAGUGAGUACUUGACAAAGAGAAGCUUGCAAGACUCCUCUUGUCCAUUGUCAUACCUCAUUUCUGUGGCAAGCUCUUAAGCUUUAACAUAUUUUGUCACAGUUCUUUCCUUUGUAUGGAAUAUGCUUGUUUUUUUUUUUAAGGAUGUUGUUUCCAUCAUGUUUUCUGUGUGAACAUUUCUUACGUAUCUUUUGUAACCUUUCCCAUACUGGACUUGAUCAGCCUACCCACUCACAUGUGUACCGGGAUACAUAUGCUUAAACAUAAUAAAGGUAUUUGUAUAUAUUGCUUCGUCAUGACGUUUUUUCCCACUUCCUGCUCCUUUUGAAAUUUUUUCAGCUGUACAUCGUGAACACGUAGAUCAGUAUUAAAGUAGUAACUUAUUAUUAUUUUUUUUUAUUAGUUAUAUAUUCCUCAUUACAGUUUGGAAGAUAUAGAAAAGGAAGAAAUCACCCUACAAGUACUGUAACAGUGUUAUAAAUGUUUAGUCUUCUUUUUCUGCACAUAGAUACAUUCAAUACUGUAGUUUGUAAUUAUUCUGUUCAUACAAUUUUACUUUAGCAUAUUGUAUUUGUUGUAAGCAUUUCCUCAUGUUUAUGUAGUUUUUAUAGACCCAUCUAUUUUAGCGACUGAAUAGUUUCUGUGUGUGAUUUUAUCACAGUUUUCUUAACCUUUUCCUGUGGUAUAUUUAGGUUUGUUCCAGUUCGUAGUAUUUUAAAUAAAGCUGCAGUGAUUAUAUUUGCUUAUAAUGCUUUUUUAAUAUUUAGUACUUAUUUCCUUAGGAUAGGGUCCCACACGUAGAAUCACUGGAGUCUGUACAUUUUUAUUGUUCUUAAUGUGUAUUGCCAAGUAGUUUCGGUCAAAAGGUUUGGACUGAUUAUCAUUGACAGCACAGUAUGAAAAUACCAGGUCCUCCAGAACCUUUCUACCACUGCCUAUUGCCAUUUACAUUUUUUGUGCUAAUUAAUUAGCAAAAAAUCUUGUAUUAUUAUUUUAAGUGGUUGAACGAUUUUUCUUUUUUGUUUUCUGCUUUUAUGAAGUGACUAAUUUUCUGUAUUAUGUGAGAUUUUUCUUUUAACAUAAUUUGGGCUUACAGAAAAGUUGUAGGAAUAAAUAAAAGAAUUCCUAUAUGUAUACUUUCAUCUGGAAUGCCUGUAUAUUAAUAUUUUUCCGUAUUUGCAUUAUUCUUUAUCUCACUCUCAUGCUGUCAUUUGCUGUUUUUGUGUGUGUGUGUGUAUAUAUAUGUGUAAUGUGUGACUAUAUAUAUGUAUGUAUAUGUGUGUGUGUGUAUGAGACAAAUGUGUUUGUGUGUAUGAGACAAACAUAUGCACCCAUCUUUUAUUUUUGGAUUAUUUGAGAGUCCGUUGCAGUCAUAAUGCCCUUUUACCUCUAAGUACUUCAGUGAGUACAUUUCUUCAAUGUUAGUUGA